AUGACGUGGCUCGUGGGACUGCGUUCGCUCCUGCGUGCGCCAUGUAGAGGGCUGCGUACCAUGCGCUCUACGCCAGAAAGAGCGCACGGCAACAUAAAGCGCCGCAGAAAGGCCUCAUCCCUGCCGCCUGAAUCUGUCAUUCUCGGCCUCCUUGGCGUGAACACCGCCGUGUUCGGCGCGUGGAUGUACGCUCGCGAUCGGGCGCAGCACGGUGACGUGCAUCCGUAUGCCUUCAUGAUGCGGCACUUUACAAGCGGAGAGCCACAACUACUUGCCGGCCGGUGGUGGACGCUCCUCACGUCGUGCUUUAGUCACCAGGACACGAUGCACUGGGGCGUCAAUAUGCUCACCUUUGCUCUCACGGCGCCGGCGAUCGUGCCCAUCAUCGGUGCACCUAGCCUCGUGAGCUUGUAUGUGGGCGCAGGCCUUGCAUCGUCAUUCACCAGUAUUGUGUGGCCCUACAUCGUCGACCCUAUCGUGCACGGCGAACGCUCGUCCCUGGCGCGGCGGCGCUAUACAUACUCUCAGGGCGCCAGUGGCUCCGUGUACGCCAUCUUGUCUGCUUUUACGAUGAUGCGUCCCUCGAGCACCAUCUACCUGUUCUUUGCGAUCCCAAUACCGGCCUGGGCUUGUAUCGGUGGCCUGUUUGCUUGGGAAUGGUACAACGCCCACUUUCCCUCCCCCCGGAGUCACACGGACUCCGUCGGGCAUGUCGGCGGCUUGUUGGCCGGUGUGUUGUAUGCUCGCAUGUGGCGUGGCCGUCUGUUCUAG